GGGGCGAGAGAGGGAGAGGCAGAGGGGGAGACCGGGUGGGCAAGGGGUAGGCAGAAAGGACAGAACUAGGGAGAAGGCAGGACGAAGGAGAGAGGAGAGGGGCAGACAGACGGACAGCCAGCCACACGCACAAGGAGACCUGGGGCUGGCCCAUGCGGAGGGCGGUGGGCGUCUGAGUGGGCCUCAGGGCCCCCCCCCCCGGCCCCCCCCCCCCCGGCCCCCCCCCCCCGUGCCCCCCUCCCCGGGGACCGCUCUAGUCCAGGCCGCACCAGAGGUGAGGGGGAUGGCCGACUCAUGCAGGAACCUCACCUACGUGCGGGACUCGGUAGGCCCGGCCACCAGCACCCUGAUGUUCGUGGCGGGCGUGGUGGGCAACGGGCUGGCCCUGGGCAUCCUGGGGGCACGGCGGCGCUCACGCCCCUCGGCCUUCGCCGUGCUGGUGACCGGGCUGGCGGUCACCGACCUGCUGGGCACUUGCUUCCUGAGCCCGGCCGUGUUCGUGGCCUACGCCCGCAACAGCUCGCUGCUGGGCCUGGCCUGGGGCCGCCCGGCUUUGUGCGAUGCCUUCGCCUUCGCCAUGACUUUCUUUGGCCUGGCCUCCACGCUCAUCCUCUCCGCCAUGGCCGUGGAGCGCUGCCUGGCGCUCAGCCACCCCUACCUCUACGCUCAGCUGGACGGGCCGCGCUGCGCCCGCCUGGCCCUGCCCGCUGUCUACACCUUCUGCACCGUCUUCUGCUCGCUGCCCCUGCUGGGCCUGGGCCAACACCAGCAGUACUGCCCCGGCAGCUGGUGCUUCAUCCGCAUGCGCUCGGCGGAGCUGGGCGGCUGCGCCUUCUCGCUGGCUUACGCCAGCCUUGUGGCCCUGCUGGUGGCCGCCACCAUCCUAUGCAACAGCUCGGUUACCCUGAGCCUCUGCCGCAUGUACCGCCAGCAGAGGCGCCACCAGGGCUCCCUGGUCCCCGGCCCCCGGGCAGGGGAGGACGAGGUGGACCACCUCAUUCUGCUGGCCCUCAUGACGGGCAUCAUGGCCGUGUGUUCCCUGCCCCUCACGAUCCGAGGCUUCACGCAGGCCAUCGCCCCGGACAGCAGUGAGAUGGGGGACCUCCUUGCCUUCCGAUUCAACGCCUUCAACCCCAUCCUGGACCCCUGGGUCUUCAUCCUUUUCCGCAAGGCUGUCUUCCAGAGGCUCAGGCUCUGGUUCUGCUGCCUGGGCCCCAGGCCUACCCACCGCGACUCGCAGACACCCCUCUCCCGGCCCGCCUCCGGGAGGAAGGACUCGAGGGCUCCCGCUGCUCUCGGGGGGAAGGAGGGGAACUGGGUACCUUUGUCAGCCUGGGGCGAGGAGCAGGGGGCACCCAUGUCCCGGGCGCAGCGAGCUGGCAGUACCGUGGGAACGUCAUCCAAAAUGGGGUCCGCAGCCGCCUGCUCCCUCUGCUGACAUCUGCUGCCCAUGAUCUCCUGCCCGGUCUUCUGGGAGCAGAAGCCUGAGGCUCAGGGGCACGGCUGCCGGGUGGACGAGCAGAGAUGAGACCCUGGAGUCCUUGCCUGCUGGAAUCUUGACCCCCCUGAAUGCGGGGAUGGGGGGCCAUCAGCUGCUAUUUCCCUGUUUCUCCUCCUCCAGGGUGGCCCCGACAGGCUCUGGGAGAGAAGGAGGGAGACAGGGAACGUUUAUCCUGGAGCACAAAAAGAACACUUCUCUCAAAAUAACCAGGGGCCCGGCCGGCCCAGUCUGGCCCUCGCUUGCCCAUCCAUCUCGCUGUCUAAAUAUUUAGAAGGGAGAAAACUUUCCCAGAAGCUUCUGUGCGCUCAUGUCAGCUCUGGUUCGGGUUCUGGCUCUGACCCUCAUCCAUUCAGGGUGCCUUGCUGCCCACCCCAAGCUCCCCCAGGGGACAACCUGGCCUUCUCCCAGGCCACUCCAAAAGCCAGCCCCUCCCUGCCUCCUGGGAACCAGGGAUUCUUGGACCAGCUCCCGGCCUCCCCUCACUCCUGAUUUCCCAUCAGACUUGGAAGCCCCCGCCCCCCCAAGGGGGGAGGCCGGAGGAAGGAGAGACUGCUGCAUUGUAAGUAGCCUUGCUGGACGCGUGCCUGGGAAUCCGCAUGGCUUGGUGGGCUGCAAGAUGUGGACCGUGGGGGCCCGGGGCGGGGUGUGUGGGGUGACCGGAGGACAAAGGCAUGGGAGUUACGGAUCCCAGGGACCCCUCCACCCACCCUGGGGGACACAGCCUGUCCCUGGAUGAGAAGCUGUGGCUCAUAUACAAAGCCCGCCCUCACAUCCUGUGUCCUCCAAGCCGUCGCAACAAGUUCAUUCAUUCGUUCAACAGCGAGGGGGCCCUGACUUGGCAGGUGUUGGAGAUAACAGACCGGUCCCUGCCCUGCCCUGGACUCCGCUGGGGUGAUUUCCAGCCUUCGGGCUUCUCCUGCCCUCAAGAGAGACCCAAGAUCAAGGGUGCUUGGGACGGAGCUGACUAAGGAAGUGGUGUUUAGGGUAAACUGGAAAGCCCUUUUCUCCCUAACUGCACCCCCCCCCCCCGCCCAGUUCCCCUUAUGCGGUUGCUCCAGGGUUGAAAGCACUUGAUCCGGGGGUGAAAGCGUAAAUGUGAACCUGGGGAAAGGACCAGUAGGGAGGCGUGGGCCUCUGGAGAGAUAACGGCACCUCACAUCAGUGAGUCUUGGGCCCUGCUGUCCUUGGAGCCUUUCCACAGAAGCUGGAAAUCAAGGUCCAGAGAGGGUAAUCGCCAGUCCUAGGUCACACAGCGAGGAGGAAGCACGGUCUGAGGGGGAAGCUGACCUUUCUGUCUCCAGAAGCCAGCUCCCUUGUUUGGCCAGUGGCUUUGCCUCUCUGUGCCUUGGCUUCCUUUGGUGCCGAAGGGCGAUCAUAAUCUAGAAUUCAGUUUACAGGGUGGUGCGGAGGAUUAACUGAUUCCCUCUUGAUAAGCAGCCGAGCACAGGCCCUGCCUAGAAUAAAAACCACAAACAUGUUACUGUUACUGCAAUCCUGUCAGUUGCUGUUGUUGUCUGUGGCUAGCUGCGCAAAUGUGGGCUGAAAAAAAGCAACAUUUCGUUCCACUGGUCUUUGGACUGCUAUGGUUCAAAUCACGUUACAGAACAAGGGGGUGUCUGGGAGAGUUAAAAAUUGGUCAGGAUGACUGGUUUAUUGGGUAUGGGUUUCCUUUUGGGGUGAUGCAAAUGUUUUGGAACCCGAUAGUGCUGAGGGUUGCAUAACAUCGUAAAUGUACUAAGUGUCUCUGAAUUGUUCAUGUUCAAAUGGUUAAUUCUCUGUUAUGGGUAUUUUGCCACAAUAAAAAAAA